CACAUAAAGUCAUAUAUCACUUUUCUCAUAUUCCCAUUUCAUAAUGAGGUGCAGGUUAUUAGAGAAGACAAAGCAUAAGAGAGGUUUAUGGUCACCUGAUGAAGAUCAGAAGCUCAGAAAUUACAUCGUAAACCAUGGUAUUGGCUGCUGGACUUCUGUCCCCAUUCAUGCUGGUUUGCAAAGGAAUGGAAAGAGCUGCAGAUUGAGAUGGAUUAAUUAUCUAAGGCCAGGAUUAAAGCGAGGAACAUUCACAUCACAAGAGGAGAAUAUCAUUUUCUCUCUUCAUGCCAUGCUAGGCAAUAAGUGGUCUCAGAUGUCAGAGCAUUUGCCUGGAAGGACUGAUAACGAGAUAAAGAACCACUGGCAUUCUCAUAUGAAGAAAAAAGUAGUAAACUUUGAAAACAUGAAAUCUCAUCAACAAACCCCAUCUUCUUCCAGCUAUACAAGAACAGAUUCAAGUCUUGAAUCAUCAGAAGCAGAUGGUUGCAGAAAUCUACCCAAGAUUCUAUUUGCUGAAUGGCUCUCACUCCAACAGUUUCAUAAGUUUGACACUUCAGGAAUGGAAGACAUCAUGAGUAGUUAUACUUUUGGCUCUCAAAAAACAGUCACAAAUGGUGCACUACUACUGAAUGAAGGAUCUGGCAUUCAACAAGUAGGAUCAACCUAUGGUUUUGUGGAUUCCAUGGAUCAUUUGCAAUUGAAAUAUGAGCAUCAAUAUGAAGAAAGUGACUUCUUUGAUAUAAUCUCUCAACUUAAUAUUUCUCAAAACUUCAACAACAGUGAUGUAACAUUGUAUAGUUGUAACUAAUUGUAGCUAGAUUGUCUGUCUUUUCUUCCCCCAUGCUGUAACUUUGUGUGCUUCCACAUAAAUAAAUUUCAGGGUCUUACAGUAGAAAUCAUUAAUGCAUUCUGGAAUAAGUUAAAAAUGCAUAUGUUUAUGUUUAAUUAAAGCUGAUGUCAAGCUUCAGGCCAGGAUUAUUAAUUAUAUAUAUAAAAGUUUCAACUGUAUUUUAUAGGUGGGUU